AUGCCUCCUCCAAGUGCUGGCGACAGCCCGCCUCCGGUUCGCCUCACACGAUCUGGUCGCCAGUCCACUGGCCCGACAGGUUUGUGGCUGGCUAGCACGUCGACGCCUUCAAUUCAUUCGGUGUCUGGGGUGGGGGGGGGGAGUUGUAGCAGCCGUUUCAUGUCCCCUCUUUACUCUGGCUCCGUUUUGUCGAUCGAUGGCCGCGCCAGCCGUUGACACACGGCCAUCCCCGCAGGCCAGAACUGGGGCGCCUCCGGUCCAACUGCAGUGACUCCCAGCUGCUCUCAUAAACUUUCAUCCCCUCACGCGUGUCCUACGCUCUGGCUUGCUACCCGUGAGGCCUUGUGAGUAUGCCCCCCCCUAUGCCUCACUUGAUACGUCCAAUCACAUGACCAAAACUCAGCCGGUCACACCGUCCUGUUGACACAGAUAUUCACUCCUGCGUAAACAACGCCGCGACUGACGCUCACCGUGAACGGGGGCUUAGCUUUGUCACAAGCAAACAGCCAAAUCACGGCACCCUACCCUGUUUACAGAAUAAACCUGUCCUAACAUCUCCCUAACUUCUGACAUUAGACGAAACGAAAUUAUUGUGUGUGGUUUAAGUUGAUCUCACAUCAUUGGCCGCCAAAACUGCGGCGAUGUUACACUACGUAGUGAUGCGGACUCAAAGUGUGGAUGGUUUUUGGGAUCUGUUGAGUCACAUAGUCGUCGAUUUGGAUGCGUCAUGAGAGUGUGCUACUGAAUAAGCAAAGUUGUCCACAGUACUCAGUUAGUUGUCGUUGGUGUGGAUGCGGGGAACAGCGUUGGGUGGCCGUGUUGGUGGGCAGCCCGAAGUUGGCGCAGCCAUAAGCAAAUAGGUCCAUGCUCCGUCGCAUAGCAGCUUCUGCCGCGGUGUUGAAUGCGCUGUCGUCCGCAAAGAACAUGUCCCGAACAGUAGUCGUGGAGAGACGUUGGGGCCUGCAUAUGCCGGCUGCCGAGAAGAUGGGCGUCAGUCCUGGAAGCGAUGCUUAUCUCAUAGCGAACAUCACAGUAGGCGUCCACCAGCAUGGCAGAAGCAUUAGGCUGAGAAGGUGGAGGCGAGUACGCAACGAUGCUUUAUUCAGUUAGUUACAUCAAAUGCUUCUGCGAUGGUUCGUUUUCCGUGACGCGCACCAUCGUCUUCUCGUGGGGCUGACGAAAAAUGUGCGUGAAUAGUUGAGUAGGGCCAACUGCCUGCACGAUUUUUCCCAGUCUAUCGUGAUCCAUCAUGUGGUUGGCCUUCGUUAGGUCCAUGAAGACAGUAUAGGGAUGGAUCGCACUUCCUGACAUUCCCAUUGCAGCUUUCGGUGGCAAAGACGAUGUCGGUGGUUCGACGGUGAGGGUGGACCCCACACUAGCUUCCAUGGAGAAGUCUUCAUUUGAGAUAGCUACGGAGACUGUUGAGGAGGGUGAGAGUGAAAAUCUUUCCGGCGAUGUUGAGCGGCGAGAUUCCUGUGUGUUAAUUUCAGAUUUGUCAGUUCUCUUUCCGCUUGUACAGAUGAACGAUUGCCGCGUCAUUGAAAUCUACGCGAAAAAUGAGGUAAGGACCGUUGGACGUUUCACUUUACACAUUGGACAGCUUCGUUUGGACGUUAGGUUUCCCGUAAUCAAGCUACUGUCGCCAACCUUGGAAUUUUUUCUUUCUCUAAGGGUAUUGUCUUAUAAAUCUCGGUUAUCAUUUCCUUCCUAUGGACCGGGAACUAAUUUAAAAGAAAAAAAUCCGCAUGCGCAUUCUCUACCGUUUCAUAUUCGAUUACUCAGACAUCGACAACAGUACUUUACUCGCUGAGGAAGUCAUUAUGUGCGCAUAUAGUAGGUGUCGCUUCAUUGAAACCCCAUAGAUGAGCCAUCAACUUUCCGAUUUGGACAAACUCCUACUGAAAAGUAUUAAGUAGGUGUUACUGGCAAACCUUUUUAUUAUUGUGCGUGAACAAGAGAUUGCUCAGCGCUUUGCUAACUGUUUUCAGAUAUUUACCUGUAUUUCCACGAAGAUGUGUUCAGCGUAACACUCAUGUUGGACAACGUUUUGCACAAACAGGUUAGGCCUGGUUCACCUACACCAACACAGCUGUGCAUAAAAUCUCAUCCACUAAGUAAAAACAGACCAACAGGGAUAUUACAUGCAGUUUCAUGUUACUUUGCCUUGUAAACAACCAUUUUAUAUACAUAAUUUCAUGAUAAAGAAGGUCAUUAGUCUUUUCUUUGUUACAGGCAACUCAGAUCGCGUUUUAAGUAAAGCAGUCUAUGGAGGAUUUCUGAGAGGAAGGGACUGGAAACGUAUUCUAUACAAUCGGUGUCAAUCCCAUCCUUUGAAAGGUGAUCGCAGGUUGGGUAUGCUAAACACAAUACCAAGGUCGUAAAAAAGCACACGUCACGCCUAAACAUUAUUAUGGCCAAGAGUGUAAUAUCCCUCACUUUGUAAAUUUGGGAUGUCAGUUAUCUUUAGAGUACAAGCGAAAAUGCGCAAUGUAUGAAAGAGGGGAAAAAUGGAGGAAUCGAUUUCUUAGGCAGUCAGAAUUAGGAAAUUUAACAUCCGUCCCAGAGGGCCCUGCUAGACCUGAAAAUGGCAUGCUCUCCCGCAUCCAGUUCGCUCAGUGGCGCGAUUUCAUCGUCCGUGAUGUUUGUUUGGCAUGAUAGCUUUGCGGUCAAUUAGCUCGUUCCUGGACGCUCUAGCCACGUAGUUCCUCUGCCCAUAUAUGGUUGUGGCACAGGAAACGGAGGCCGACGGAGCAUGACGAAGAACACUUCCUAUCGCACAAGAUCUAACACGUCUGAAUAUGACCCGCACCUUAAAAUUCUGAGAACUGAACGUGGUCAAAGUUAAUUUAAUCAUGUUUCUGGAGCCACCACAUGCUGAAAUUGUCUUUACAACCCGCACCAAGCUUCUCAAUUUUAGCUUACAUGUGAUAAAUAACGGCAAGGGUUUCGCUCCGCCAGAAAGGACUCGUCACCAUUUCUAGCGCUUUUAUCUCGACAGUAUCGAACAACGACUUGUAAGAGACCUACAAAGCUCCUCGCGCAAACAUCCGGUGUGCAAAAUGGAUUUUCUCCGGUGGUACAACGCUUAAGUAAGCACAGAGCAUGACAAUGCUGGAAAUGAAUAUUCUAGUACACUGUUAACUGACCUAUUAUUUUGUAGACCCGCGCCGAACACGUCCUAAUUGUUACCAUCAUCGCCUUUCGAUUCCGCUUUCUCUAG